GCACAAUAUUAUUUUCACAGCAAUGAAAGGGCAAAUAAUAUUAUUAGUUUUUUCAAUAAUCUGUGGGGUAGAUAUGGUUUUAAAUUGUGAAUGUUCAGAGCAAGGUUCAAUCACAAAUAGAUGCAAUCCUACUACAGGACAAUGUCAAUGUCGACAAGGCUUUAAAGGCAUGAAUUGCAAUGAGUGUGUUAUGAGCAGUGCAUCAUUUCCAGACUGUCUUUUAUCAGUUAAAUGUAAUUGUGACAAGGUUGGUUCACUAAGCAAUAGCUGCCAUCCAUCAACUAAACAGUGUCUUUGUAGACAAGGUUUUAGAGGAAGAAUAUGUAAUGAAUGUGCUGUAAGUAAUGCAUCAUUUCCAGACUGCCAAUCAUCGAUUAAAUGUAAAUGUAGCAAAGAUGGUUCAAUCAAUAAUAUUUGUAAUCCUUUAACUGGACAGUGUCAGUGUAGGCAAGGUUUUAAAGGUAAAACCUGUGAUGAAUGUGUCAUUAGUAGUAUGUCUUAUCCCAAAUGUUAUUCAUCAGAUAAAUGUAAAUGCAAUAUUGAUGGAACUUUAAUAAGCUAUGAAAAAUAUGGCCCUUGCACAGUGGAUUCAUGUAUGUGCAAAGAAUAUGUCACUGGAAAUGAUUGUUCUAAAUGUAAGAACACAUAUUUUAACUUGACAAAAAAUAUUUAUGGUGGAUGUUCAAAAUGUGGUUGUUUAAGUGCUGGAACGAUUGGAAAUAUAAAAUUAUGUGAUGAGACAGGACAGUGUCUUUGUAGACCUUUUGUUACUGGGCGAACAUGUAAUAAAUGCAAGCCAGGUUAUAGAAGUUUAGAUAGGCGAAAUUAUUUUAGUUGUACUUCUUGCAAUUGUAAUGUUGGUGGUUCUGUCAGUAAAACAUGUUCAGAAAAUGGGCACUGUAAAUGCAAGCCAAAUGUUGAGGGUGCUCAUUGUGAUAAGCUGAAGACUGGUGAUUUUUAUAUUCUAAGUUAUUUCCACAAUAUAUUUGAAAUAGAGGAUGCUGAUACUUUAGAUGGAAGUAAACUUCAAUUUCAAUACAGUGAUGAUGAGUUUGUGAAUUUUACAGGAAAAGGAUAUGUGGAAUUAGGAAAAGAAAAGUUGCAUGCAAUAAGACUUCAUAUUGUUGUACCAGUUUCCAAAGAGUAUCAAAUACUUGUUCAAUACAAACUUAAUUAUACCGAGUCAGCAAUAUUGUUCAUCGAUAUAACAAGAAAAGAAAACCCAAUGUCAUAUGGUGCCACAGCCAAUUUUCAUUCAAGUACUGAGCCAACCUUUGCCUCACUGUGGAAUAGUAAUCAAACAAAAAUUUUUUUUUUGACAGCUGGCACAUGGGUUAUUGACAUGGAUUUUAGUUUUUUUAAAACCGUUCUUGUGGAUUAUUUAGUAAUUAUUCCUGAAGAUUAUUACACAGGGGGUGAUAUGCAACCAGAUGCAGUGUUACCUUGUUCAAUAAAAAUGCACCUUUCAAAAGAAUGUAUGUUGUACAAAUACAUAGAUUUGGAACUUCAACAUUUUCAAGCUGAAAAUGGUUAUGUUAAAAAGAUUGGAAAUACAAAUUUAUCAAAAACAGAAACAUUGAAUGAUUCUAGCACUUUAUUUCACCUUAUAUCAAUGGGCGAUAUGGCUGUUAUAAGUCGCAAGCAGAUAACAUUAACAAUGAACAUUGCUGUGCAAAAGGCAGAUGAAUAUUUUUUGGUUGUGACCUACUUUAACACAGAUGAACAUACUCAUUUUGUAGAUGUCUAUGAAGAUGAUACUGGCUUCAGAGGUUACUUGGAAGCAGUUCCAUGUUCAUACAUUUUUUUAUGUCGUCUUGUUGUUCUUAAUGCUGACGGAUAUCCAGUAACUUUAAAAUUGUUGGCUAAUAAAAGUGUUGAAAUAACUUUUCUGGGUAAUCUCCGUGGCAACAUAGCUAUUGAUUUUGUUACAUUAAUCCCUAAAGCCGUAUGGUCAGUAGAAUACAUUGUUCCUACUGAAUACUGUUACAUGAAAGAAAGGAAGUGUUUAGAUAAAGUAGCUUUUAAAAAUUUGAAAAACUCAAUCACAAUACAGCCUACUGGGAAGUCAAAUCAAAGUUUUCCCUUUCAUUUGAUUGAAAAAGUAAAUUUUUUUGGAAGUGCAAUAUUAGGCCAAGAUGUAGAGACCUAUUUCUUUAUUUUUCAAUAUUCACAAAAGUUUUCAACAUUUAAAGUUACAAUAACUAUUAUCGAUAACUCAAAUAAUUUGUUUGUUUUUAAUACAAACGUUCAUUCUUGUUUAUCAAUAGCUGGUUGUAGAGGUUUUGUUGCCGUGGGUAAUCUUUCUGGAGUUAUUGAUCUUAAAAUUUCAAUUCCUGAUGGCAAGGAAAUUUGGAUUAGUUCUAUGUUUUUUGUUCAUGAAUCUUAUUUUGAUGAUGAUCUUCUUGUUUUAAAAAGAACUGAAUUUAAAGAGAAAUUUGAAAAGUUAUGUGUUGAUUCUAACAAUAUUCCUCACAUUCAACCCCAAACCCCCUUCUGCGCAGAUGCUCAGUUUACACUUACAACUGAAUUUACUGGAAAAACAUACAGAUGUGAAUGUGAUAAACUUGGUUCAAAGUUUUCUUCAUGUAACAAAAUUGGGGGUCAGUGUGCUUGUAAAGAAGGUGUUGUUGGCAGAACUUGUAACAAGUGUAAAAAAGGUUUCUACGGUUUCCCAAGAUGCCAGCCAUGCAAUUGUUUCAUUUUGGGAUCAUUGAAUGCCGAAUGCGACAGAUUUGGUUAUUGCAAGUGUCAUCAGAAUUUUAGUGGGGCAAAAUGCGAUGAAUGCAAAGUUGGUUAUUGGGGGUUUCCUUCAUGUAAAGAUUGUUCAUGUGAUGAAAGAAGCUCUUAUACGUCAGCUUGCCGUAGCUAUGAUGGACAGUGUCCAUGUAUUCCAAAUUUUGAUGGUCAACAAUGUGAAAAAUGUCAAGUAGGUUUCUACAGCUUUCCAGAAUGCAAAAGUUGCAACUGCCAUGCUGCUGGCUUAUUAGUUUCAGAUGCUAAUCCAAGUGGAUGCCAUGAUAAUGAUCCAGACCUUUGCACAUGCAAGAAAAAUGUAGAAGGUGAUGAUUGUGGAUCAUGCAAAGAUUACUACUUCAACAUGACUUUAGGAAACCCAGAAGGUUGUCAAAAGUGUAACUGUUCUUCAUUUGGGACAAUAAGAGGUUCAGAGUCUUGCGAUAAAACAACUGGGCAAUGUAUUUGUCAGCCUAAUGUUGAGGGUAGAAGUUGUGAUAAAUGUAUUGAUGGUUGGAAAGAAUCUAAUGCUACUAGUAUUUUUAGUUGUGAACCAUGCUUGUGCAGUAACAGUGGAUCAGUCAAUCAAGUAUGUGACAAAAAAACAGGUCAAUGUAUAUGCAAAAAGUACUUUUAUGGAUUAAAAUGCAACCAACCAGUACCUGGGUUUUAUCUACCUACUCUUGAUCAUAUAAAAAUCAAUGGAAGUAAGAUAGUUCCUGUGGCGAAGUGGAUUAAUAAUGGAAUUGUAGAAGGCAUUAAAGUAAAUGGGAGUUAUGCUACAAAUGUGCAGCAAAUACAUAUUACAAAAAGUGGAUUUUAUUAUCUUUUGAUUCACUACUCUCUGCAAAAAAAUCAAAUUGCACAAAUAGAUUUUGAAAUUUCAAAUAAAGUAAGGUCUUUCUCUGCUACUCAUAACCUGAGCACAUCCGCUUAUCUUCAACCACAAAUAGACAUUAUAAAGAAAAGAAAGAAGUAUUUGAAGCUUAAUUUGACAAAGGGUGUAUGGAAACUAAAAAUGAUUUUUUAUGACACCAUUAUAUUGAAGCAAAUCACUUUGGUACCACAUUUGAGCAAUUCUUCAAUUCAAUCUCAUUAUAAUCCAUGCAGUAUAAAUGACAAUCAAAGUUUUUGUGCACUUUAUACUUACAUGGAUAUUUUUAAAGACAAUAUAAUAAUUAUAGAUAGAGAGAACAAUAACUUAGAGUUUACUCUGAUGAAUUAUCAAAAUAGUUCAGCGUUUAAUAAAACUGUUUUUCUACAAGAUACAUUGAAUAUCUCAUCAGUAGCUCGAGAAAUGAAAGAAUUUUAUGUUGUUAUACAAUAUCUCAGCUUUGUAAGACUUACUGAAGUAGAGUUAUUGGUGGGUAAUGAAGAAGAAACUGAAAUUGGUCACUUUUUGCUUCCUGAAUGUCGAUACAAGUUUGCUUGUAGGCAAGUGGCACUAAAUAAAAUAACAAAGCAUAGAUUUAAAGGAGGUUAUUUGAAAAGAAAUCUGCAUUUUAAAGUGUUAUCUGGAGGUCCAAUAUACAUAAAAUUCAUUUCAUUAGUUCCAGUUCAAUAUUGGAGUACAAAUUUUAUCAGACCUAGCCUAUAUUGUAUACAUUAUUCUUCAAAGUGCAUUAAUGCUAGUUUCCUUGUACCAGCUAAAUCAUUUGAACUAAUGCCAAAAUUGUCAAAUAAUUUGACACUUGGUCUUCCACCAAAUGUUAAUUCUUAUGCUAUUCUCCUUUCAAACGAGCAACGAAGUCUUCGUUGGGCUAUGAAGCUCUCUCAAAACUUUUACUAUAUAGUGCUUCACUACUAUCAGCCUAAUUUAGAUGGGUUUUAUGCAAAGGUUGUUGUAUCCACAGAUCGCAGAGCAAUAGCAUCAAGGGUGUAUUUUUCCUAUUGUCCCAGCAUGUAUGGUUGUCGUACUACUCUGUAUUACUUUCAAGAGGAUUUUAUUGAGCCGUUUUAUUUAAGUGGAAAUCAUUUUCGUCUUACAUUUACUUUUCAUGGGGUUGCAUCAGUUUGGCUGGAUCGAGUAUUGUGUAUACAGACUUCAGAGUAUGUGAAAAAUCAAAAUGUUUUAAAAAUCGAUCCAUUUGAUAUCUCAAUCAGAUAUCUUCAAACAUGUGUCGGGCUAAAGUAUAUAAGUGACUUAAAUAUAGAAUUUUGCAAAGCAUUUACAUUUGAACUAACUGUUGGUAUGGGUACUUUUCCAAAACCUUGUGCAUGUUGUCGCAACGGGAAAAUAUCGCUAUUAGAUUGUACCGGGGACUGCUUUACCUAUGAGGGUGAAAUUUACGAAAACGCUUUUACUUGCAGUAAUACUGAAAACAAUUCAACACUAAUCAUUGUUUAAACAAUAGAAACGAUAAAAACGGUUCUCGAUAAACAAAACGAUAAAAACGGUUUUCUUUUUGACAUCAACUAAUUUGUUAAAGAAUUUUUUUUUGUCGAAAAAUAUUUGUUACGAAA